AUGGCCAAGAAAAUCGCCACGAAAGACAAGGGAUCAUCGCUUGGGGCCACAGGAACCAGUAAAUUUAGAUUUCCAGAUGCCGUUUAUAACCUGAAUUCGAAUUCGAAGAAAUUCGAGUAUCUGCCGUUGCCAGAGCGUCUCCUGAACGAUAAAGUGAUAGUGAUCAACAAGUUCUUAUCUGAGUCUGUGACGCUGCAGCUUUGCCUCUCCCUUUCGCAACCUGGUAUCAUGGAGCUUUUCCGUCAACGAGGAACGAGGGAAUACGCCGAACGAGUCAACGAACGCUUUUCCACCGAUGAUCCUAAGAUAGCACAGAUUCUGUGGGAAAGACUCAAAAAAUGUCUGUUACAGGAUGAGUAUAUAUCAAAUGAGCUUGGAUUUGCAGAUGCCAUUGGACUCAAUCCACAGAUUCGAGCUUAUCGCUACAAGAAAGGUCACAAAUUUGCCAAACAUUAUGAUUCCUCCGCUACAGUGCCCGGCCAAGGCUCAACCCGCUGGACUUUGCUAAUCUACUUGACUGGUGGUGAACAGUUAGUUGGUGGGGAUACAAUUUUUUAUUCAUCGCAUCGAGAUGAAGCUACUGGUGUGCAUCCAGAGGUGGGAUUAGCCCUUUUGCACAAACACGGCGACGAUUGUCUUUUACAUGAGGCUCAAGAAGUCUACAAUGGUGUCAAGUUUGUGUUGAGGAGUGAUGUGCUGUUCAAAGACUAG